CCAAGGCAGCCACAACAACGACAGCUAACCUUGCUAUCGGUUAGCUAGCUUAAGUUAGUAUCACACAAAAUAUGUCACGCUCAGUGUGAACAAGGGAGGAAACAAUAAAGCUGCAAACUCAGAUAACGUGACGGACAUAGAUGCUGAGGGCAGCCUGCCACCAUGUAUGCCGUGUACAGACAAGCCCACACACCGACCUCAGUGGAGUUUUCUGUCUACUGCAACUUUAUAUCCAGUAAGGAGAAGAACCUGGUCGUAGCUGGAACGUCUCAACUGUUUGUUUACAGGAUCAUUCAUGAUGUGGAGAGUACUUCAAAGGCUGACAAGUCAUCUGAUUCCAAAUCUCGUAAAGAGAAGCUGGAGCAGGUGGCUUCCUUUUCUCUCUUUGGGAACAUCAUGUCUAUGGCCAGUGUACAACUUGUUGGAGCCAGCAGAGAUGCACUCCUUUUGAGUUUCAAAGAUGCAAAGCUGUCUGUGGUAGAGUAUGAUCCUGGGACACAUGAUCUUAAGACACUGUCUCUUCAUUACUUUGAGGAGCCAGAGCUCAGAGAUGGCUUUGUACAGAAUGUACAUAUUCCCAUUGUCCGUGUAGAUCCAGAGAAUCGCUGUGCUGUAAUGCUCGUUUAUGGCACCAAACUCGUGGUGCUGCCAUUCCGAAAGGACACGCUAACGGAUGAACAAGAGAGCGGCGUUGGAGAAGGACCUAAAUCCAGCUUCUUGCCCAGCUACAUCAUUGACGUCCGUGAACUAGAUGAGAAGCUCCUCAACAUCAUUGACAUGAAGUUCCUCCACGGCUACUACGAGCCCACGUUGCUCAUUCUUUUUGAGCCCAACCAGACAUGGCCUGGGCGUGUGGCUGUCCGUCAGGACACUUGCAGCAUUGUUGCAAUCUCCCUCAACAUCAUGCAGAAGGUUCAUCCUGUCAUCUGGUCUCUCAGUAAUCUGCCCUUUGAUUGUACACAGGUCAUGGCUGUCCCCAAACCCAUCGGUGGCGUGGUGGUGUUUGCUGUGAAUUCGCUGCUCUAUCUGAACCAGAGCGUUCCUCCCUACGGAGUCUCGCUCAAUUCUCAGACAAAUGGGACCACAGCCUUCCCUCUGCGUGUACAAGAUGAAGUGAAGCUCACGCUGGACUGUUGUCAGUCUGACUUUAUUGCUUACGACAAGAUGGUGAUCUCGCUGAAAGGAGGGGAGAUUUACGUUUUGACACUGAUAACUGACGGCAUGAGGAGCGUGCGCGCUUUCCACUUUGACAAAGCUGCUGCCAGCGUCCUGACGACCUGCAUGGUGACCAUGGAGCCCGGAUACCUUUUCCUGGGUUCCCGCCUCGGAAACUCGCUGCUCCUGAAGUACACAGAGAAACUGCAGGAGACGCCAGCGGAGGAAGGCAAAGAAAGGCAGGACAAAGAAAAAGACAAAGACAAACAAGAGGAACCACCAAGCAAAAAGAAGCGAGUUGAAUCCUCCACUAAUUGGACCGAUGAGGUGGAUGAGAUAGAAGUGUAUGGAAGUGAGGCCCAGUCGGGCACUCAGCUGGCCACCUACUCCUUUGAGGUGUGUGAUAGCAUACUGAACAUUGGGCCUUGUGCAAAUGCAUCCAUGGGUGAACCUGCUUUCCUGUCUGAGGAGUUUCAGAGCAACCCUGAGCCUGACCUGGAAGUUGUAGUUUGCUCUGGCUUUGGCAAGAAUGGUGCCCUGUCUGUGCUUCAGGUAAAACCUCCUUACAUCCUUCAAACAGGUCAGGAGAUCAUGGAGCUGGAUACCAGUGGUUUUGCAACUCAGGGACCCACUGUGUAUGCUGGGAACAUUGGGGACAAUAAGUACAUCAUUCAGGUCUCCCCCAUGGGCCUUCGUCUGCUGGAAGGAGUGAGACAGCUCCACUUCAUCCCCGUGGACCUGGGUUCUCCCAUAGUGCAUUGCUCUGUGGCUGACCCAUAUGUGGUUAUCAUGACUGCUGAGGGAGUGGUCACCAUGUUUGUGCUGAAGUCUGACUCGUACAUGGGGAAGAUGCACCGACUGACACUGCAGAAACCACAGAUUCCCAGCCAAUCGCGUGUCAUCACACUGUGCGCCUACCGAGACGUGAGCGGAAUGUUUACAACAGAAAACAAAGUGAGCUGCUCCAUCAAAGAGGACACCAUCAGGAGUCAGUCGGAAGCAGAGACCAUCAUCCAUGACAUGAGCAACACAGUGGAUGACGAGGAGGAAAUGCUGUACGGAGACUCGAAUGCGAGUGCAACGCCUGCCAAGGAAGAUAUGAACCGCAGCUUUGUGGCACCGACAACGUCUGGGAGCGAGGCGACCUCGAGCAAAGCAGAGCCAACCCAUUGGUGCAUGAUCAUCAGGGAGAAUGGAGUGAUGGAGAUUUAUCAGCUGCCAGACUGGCGCUUGGUGUUCCUGGUGAAGAACUUCCCAGUGGGCCAAAGGGUGCUGGUGGACAGUUCCUCUGGCCAAUCGGCAACACAGGGGGAGGGUAAAAAAGAAGAAGUCACCCGUCAAGGAGAGAUUCCAUUAGUCAAAGAAGUGGCUUUGGUUUCACUUGGCAACAAUCACAGUAAACCAUAUUUGCUGGUCCACGUUGAACAAGAGCUUCUGAUCUAUGAAGCGUUCCAGUAUGAUCAACAACAGCCACAAAACAACCUGAAAGUCCGCUUCAAAAAAGUAUUUAUCUGCGGCCCGUCUCCUCACUGGAUGUUGGUCACGUCUCGUGGAGCGUUGAGGCUUCACCCAAUGACCAUUGAUGGCUCCAUUGAGUCUUUCUCCCCCUUCCAUAAUAUCAACUGCCCCAAAGGUUUUCUGUACUUUAACAAACAGGGCGAGCUAAGGAUCAGCGUUUUGCCCACGUAUCUGUCCUACGACGCCCCGUGGCCAGUCAGAAAAAUCCCUCUGAGGUGCACCGUCCACUAUGUCUCCUACCACGUGGAAUCCAAGGUGUAUGCUGUGUGCACCAGUGUGAAAGAACCAUGUACACGCAUCCCGAGGAUGACAGGAGAGGAGAAGGAAUACGAAGUCAUAGAACGAGAUGAACGCUACAUUCAUCCGCAGCAGGAGAAGUUCUCAAUCCAGCUCAUCUCUCCAGUGAGCUGGGAGGCCAUUCCCAACACACGGAUUGACCUGGAGGAGUGGGAACACGUCACGUGCAUGAAGACGGUGGCACUGAGGAGUCAGGAGACUGUGUCUGGACUGAAGGGUUACAUCGCAGCAGGAACGUGUCUGAUGCAGGGGGAGGAGGUCACCUGCAGGGGCCGGAUUCUGAUCCUGGAUGUGAUUGAAGUGGUGCCGGAGCCCGGCCAGCCCCUCACCAAGAACAAGUUUAAAGUGCUCUAUGAGAAGGAGCAGAAGGGACCGGUGACUGCUCUGUGUCACUGUAACGGAUACCUGGUGUCAGCCAUCGGCCAGAAGAUCUUCCUGUGGGUCCUGAAGGACAAUGAUCUGACGGGUAUGGCCUUCAUCGACACGCAGCUCUACAUCCACCAGAUGUUCAGCAUCAAGAAUUUCAUCCUGGCUGCUGACUUGAUGAAGAGCAUCUCGCUACUGCGCUACCAGGAGGAGAGCAAGACGCUGUCUCUUGUCAGCAGGGAUGCAAAGCCUUUAGAAGUCUACAGCAUCGAAUUCAUGGUGGAUAACAACCAGCUUGGGUUCUUGGUGUCAGAUCGAGACAAGAACCUCUAUGUUUACAUGUAUUUGCCUGAAGCUAAAGAGAGCUUUGGAGGAAUGCGCCUGCUGAGGCGAGCGGACUUCAACGCCGGAGCUAACAUCAACACUUUUUGGCGGAUGCCGUGCAGAGGGGCGCUGGACGCUAGCAGCAAAAAGGCUCUAACCUGGGACAACAAGCACAUCACGUGGUUCGCAACCCUGGAUGGAGGCAUCGGCCUGCUCCUCCCCAUGCAGGAGAAGACUUACCGCCGUCUGCUGAUGUUGCAAAAUGCGCUCACCACCAUGCUGCCUCAUCACGCCGGUCUGAACCCAAAAGCCUUCAGAAUGCUGCACAGCGACAGGCGGAGCCUUCAGAAUCCUGUGAAGAACAUCCUGGAUGGAGAGCUCCUCAACAAGUACCUGUACCUCAGCACGAUGGAGCGCAGCGAGCUGGCCAAGAAGAUCGGGACGACUCAGGACAUCAUCCUGGAUGACCUUCUGGAGAUCGACAGAGUAACGGCUCAUUUCUGAACGCCACAUUCCUGCUUCUUCUUCACUGAGCUGUUUUAUAGUGAACAGAGGAGUUUUUGUUAUGGAAACUUUGAUUUGUUUUCUUAGAAUAUUUUGUAUAAAAGAGGGAAAAAAAA